CAAUUAGUUGAGUGAGAUGUCCGUUACAGAGAGGACGUUUAUGAUUUUUAUGUGUUCUUUUAUUUAUUUUGAUACAGAAAGUUUUCGUGAAAAAAUGUUUGUGCCAAGUGUAUUUCUAACUUAAAAAUUACUUUUUUAAAGUAUUUUCAACGUGUAAAAUGCUUAAAAAUGCCCUGUAUCGUAUCAAAUCACUUUCCGCGCGGUGCCUUCCACCUCCAGUCUUUAGCGGAACGAGUGAGUCGUGAUCAAGAACAGCUCCCAGUUCUGCCACCAUUACACAACGCAGCCAGAGAUGUUAAUGUACCAGUGGUAUACGCAGAGAGUGCAGCAUGUUCCCGUACCACAUAUUCACCUCUUCAGGCUUUAAGUGAGAGUACCUGUCGGGACCAUGGCGCCCAAGCCGUGCCUCCCCCACCACAGCCUCUACCAAGAAUGCAGGUGUCCAAUCAAAACGUCACCUUACACCCUGCAGUCGCAAGAUGUACGGCCUCCUUAGAGCUUGCAGCCCUCUGGAGAAGUUUUCACGAACUUGGUACAGAAAUGAUAGUAACUAAAGCGGGCAGACGAAUGUUCCCCGCGUUGCAGGCGAGAUUAUCUGGUCUUCUACCCAAUGCCGACUAUUUGUUGCUAGUGGACUUUGUACCGUUGGAUGAUAAGAGAUAUCGAUAUGCAUUUCACAGUUCAAGUUGGGUCGUAGCGGGAAAGGCGGAUCCCGUAUCUCCUCCCAGGAUUCACGUUCAUCCCGAUUCACCCGCCGCCGGCGCACAUUGGAUGCGGCAACUGGUCUCCUUUGACAAGCUGAAGCUAACCAACAAUCAGUUAGACGAUAAUGGUCAUAUAAUACUCAACUCAAUGCACCGCUACCAACCACGUCUUCACGUGGUCUACUUGCCUGGUGAAGGGCAAAGCGCGGCGCCGGGGACUGUGCCCUAUAGGACAUUUAUCUUCCCCGAAACGGGCUUCACGGCUGUCACUGCCUAUCAGAACCAUAGAAUAACGCAAUUAAAAAUAGCAAGUAAUCCAUUUGCCAAAGGGUUCCGGGAUUGCGAUCCAGAUGAUUGUCCUCCAGACCAAAGCCCACAAAGGAGCGUGCCUCGGAGACGUGAGCCCCAACAAGCGGAGCCCUACUCAUUAGCGCAGCCCUACGCGGCUGACCCUAGCUCCAGUGGACCGUUGUACCCUGCGCACGCGCAUCCUGUCAGAUACCAGCCGCACGCGGGCCACAACAGCGCCUACUCAGCAUACUACGCCCAUAGAUAAAUUUAAAUAAAACUAUAUUUAAGUAUGUGAUAUAGAUUAAAGACAGACUAUGAACACGUAUAGAUGUUAAAUUAUUAAUCCAAAGAUCAAAUUUCAUUAAAUAUUUGAUAUAGGUAAAUCUAAUUUAAAUCUUAAAACUAAGUUCAAACCAUAAGAAUUGAGAAAUAAAUUGAAUAUAUGAAGUUUUAAACUUUGUAAAAAAAAAAGAAUUUUAUUAUUGUGUUUUAAGUUCAACAAUAUUAUCCAGCUUUUUACAUAAUCAAACCAAAAUGUAAAUAGUAAUAUAUGCACAAACGUCAAUCCCGUUUUUGACAUUCGGGAGUCAUACUUAGAGCCAUGUCUCUCCAUAGAUUCUCAAUUUUAUAAGGAGCUUAAUAAACGUUUUUGAUAUAGGCAAUUGUAACUUAAAACUUAAAUCUAGGUUCAAGAUAUCAUAGUUUUUAAAAAUUGAAAAAUUACUGCACAAGUACUGGACUUUGAACAUCAAAAGAAAAAAAAGAUUACGAGUAAGAAAAAAUAGGACAGGUUUAGAACAAAUAAUGUAAACACGAAUAUGAAAAAAAUUGUUUUGUUUUAAGUUAAACAAAUAUGUCUUUUUAUUCACAAAAUGUAUACUGUAAGAUUCAGAAACGCGACUUAGCACUACUCCCGUAUGACAGUACCAAAAAUGUUUUUGACAACUGGAAGUCAUCUUAAAUCUCGUUUCUCAAUUUUACUCUAGGUCCUUAUUUUCAUUCGUAUCUGAAGUUAAAAUAUAUGCUUGAGCGCUGUCGAAUAAUAAUCAAACGUUAUAUUAAGGUUAUUAAGGGUCUGUUUCACAAUGUCCGGAUAAGUUCCAAAUAAGCUAUUUAUUACUUAUUGGUAGGAUAAACAUGAAACCCGAAGUUUCUUUUAUUCGGAACUUUUACCUUCCAAAUAAUUUAUGUGUUGCAUAGCUAUUUGGAACUUUAUUCAUACAUUGUGAAACAGACCCUUAAUAUAUUUAAUUUAUGAAUUCCUCCCUUUCUGCAUCACACUAUGAGAAGACGUGCGCUGCCACUAUCUCAUCACCACCUUCACAAUAUCUGUAGAAUAAUCUCACUGUGUCGAUAGAAUGCAAAAAAAGUAAUUGUUUGUAUGUUUGUAAGCUUAUAAAAAACUACGGAAACGUUUGGACUAGCGGCGAACUUUCUAGUUAUGUAUUCCUUACUAUAAAUGUGCCUUAUUGUAAAGUUAAUUAUAAUAUAUAAUACAAAUACAUUAUUAUACACAAAUACAUUAAUUGUAAAACCAAAUUGUAAGGUAUUGCGACCAAAGAUAAACCAAAGUUAAUUUAAGCACGUAUUAUAUUUAUUUAUAUAAAUGUACAUAAAGUAUAUUUGUUGUUUUACUUGCACGCCUUGUAUUUCAAGUAAAAGAUUCAGAGUCAAGACCAUUCUUAACCGACGUGAUUUCUGGGAAGGUCUAAAAUAUAUAAAUGACUUAGGUACUAAAAAAUCUAAGCUGAACAAGUAACAUACUAUUCCUAAUAA